CGACAAAUUCAAACAAAAAUGGUACCUACGAUCAUAUCACAUAAAUCGUCUUAAUCUAUUUAAAUUGUGCUUAUUGACAAUACUCCAUUAUCUUUCCUUUUGUAUAUAUCCUGUAGCCAGCCGAUGAUGAGUAACUAAAUGAAAAGGAACAUAUUUCUUCGCACAAUCUGGUGUUUUUUCUAAAUGCAUAAAUGGGGAUUUGGAAAUUAAUAAAUAUCUCAACACCAGACCAGACUUCGGGACACAUGGGUUUUUGGGAUUGUUUGCUCCCUUCCACACCACCUACAAUACUGAACAACAUACCUUUAUCGAUUAUGUCAUCUAAUUUUAUAAUUCAUCAUCAAAACAUCGCUUCUCAAUCUAAUCAAGAUGUAGUUAGCACAUUUAGAGUUUAUAAAAAUGAAGUGAUAUGCUUGCUUGUGGAAUGCGCAUUUAAAAUUAUUUUACCAACAACGGAAAAAGGGAAAUACCUUACAUACUAUGUGAACAAAACAACUGAAAACAAUGUUAAGCAUGACGGUGAUUGUAGUAGAGAAAAUGCUUCAUUCAAUUUGCGUUGGGAACAAAAUGCAAAGACCACAUGGAAGAUGGAAAUGGACCUGCAUGCACACGACCACGAAUAUACAUUAGAUACUAUCACAGUGAAUUACUUACGAGGCAAUGAUAAUGUCACCGCUAAAUCUACCAGCAAACUUUUUACAAUACCAUUAAGGCAUUUUUAUAACUGUAAUGAAGAACAACAGGUCAAUUUGAAAACAGAUAACGAUCAUCAAGCUGCCGUUCGAAUAAUCUUUACCAAUUUAACACUUGAAGCUUUUCGUCAUAGUUAUAAAACACAAUAUAUUGGUUCAGAAUCGGAGUGUGAAUUGGAUACUUCAAGAAGAGACGCUAUUAUCGCAGUCGUCAUCAUAUCCCUUAUUGCAAUUUCCGUAUUGCUGAUUGUUUCACUUAGUGUCGGUUUAGAUAUGAUUCGAGGUAGGUAGGCUAAAUGAGUGACAAAGAAGGAAAUAUGGGCACUGCUUCCAUCAGAUAUAUCUCAUUGCAAAUCUAUUUUGACUUUCCCAUUAACACAUUGUGUUAUAUUCCAACUGGCAAAUGUACUUUUUAGAUUAUCUGUGAUGUUGCAAACAGAAGUACAGCUAUUUUAACAUGUUCGUUCGUUUUCUUAUGGUAUUCAGGAAUGUUAAAAAUGUUAGGUUUUCGUAUGGUUUUAUUUCUCUUGUCCACUAUUAGUUUGAAUUACCACGUUCAACUCGGAACUGUCUUACAAUUUUAAAUUUUGCCCCUGAAAUUUUGCAUAGAAUGAAAAUUUAAGUGUUACAGUUGACGUAUGAAGCCGAAAGAGUGCAAUAAGAUUUAUCUUCUCUCCACCCUAACACAUUUGAUUCUAAAAUACAUCUACCACUUUUAUCUAUACUAUUUUCCAAGAAUUUCGAUGCGUAGUGUGCAUAUUUAAGUGUUAAUCUGCAUAUAGUAUCCUAGUAAUUUUCUUUAUCAUCCUAUUUUGCUAUUGUUUAUGAUCCACAACCAAAAACUCAGAGAAACCUUCGAGGUGAAAACAAGGCAGCCUAAUAUCUCUGAUGAUACUUCUAAUUUUGAUGGACUGGAUUAUGCCGCACAUCUUGAGCGAGAAGGCAAGAUGACGUUGAGUCGAUAAGAAUAAACACCAACCACUGUCAACGGAAUAAAUCGGAAAGAG